GAUAUUUCAUAUCGGCGGCGUCAGUGCGAUGUUCUACGAGAAAUGAGUUUGCUAUAUACGCACACAUGUCUAAGCACUAUCACAAACGGAACGAUCGCGGUCGAGAUCGAGAGCACCGUGACGAUUCGUCCGACAGUCACGCGAGAAGGCGAUACCACAAGCGACAUCAACAUGAUAGCAAGGAACGAGAACAAUACCGCGAACGCAGUCCGGCAAAGUCGGGGGAACGCAGCAGACACAGUCGAAAUGAAAUGUUAACACACCGCAAAAGAAGACGACGACGUAGCAGAAGCAGUAGUAGCAGCAGCAAUGAAAGUCAGCACACGAAAAGAGGAAAGCCUAAAUCUAAAGACUACGACGACAUAUACAGACAAGAAAUCCGAAAGGAAAGACAGUUAAGUUUGAAAGGUUUUAAAACAUCUGUCGAUGAUCCUCAGUUAAUAUCCAAACACGAAAUUCAUGAACAUCGUAUUCAAGAUAUCAGAGAUGUAAAACCAGAUUAUAAACCCACAAUUGACAAGUUACCUAGGGAAUCAAGCAUCGGACAGGCAACUCAAUUUAUUGAUUUGAAUUGGAUGGAAUGGCAAAAUCACAAAGCUCAGUUGGACUCCAUGUUUUUCAGAGAUCAAGAUUACAUCAAGAGGGGAACAAAAGAUUAUGCUGAUUUCUGGGUUUUCUUCAAAAAAUAUUUGCAAUAUCAGAAUAGAAAAGAAGCAUCCAAGGAAGGUCUAUCAACUUCCAGAUCUGGAAGCAAAGAGAUGAGCGAUGUACUUGGAUUACCAAAGAAUUACGACAAACGAUAUCGUAUUAACACGUCACUAAGAUCAAAGUAUUUCGAUCAUUAUACAAGGCCAGUAUCUGUUACUGGUGAGCAAGAUGAAGACAAGCUGAGUAAGGAGAAGGUUUCUGAAUUCCGUUUAGCGCUUCUUCAUUACGUAGAUUUCUGCCAAAAACAACAGUUUAAUAAGUUGUCUAAAUUACGAAGAGAUCAAGGAAAUUUACCGAUUGCACAGUACAAAGAUAAAAUCAUCAAUGCCGUCCGAGCCAAUCAAGUCAUAGUGGUGGCCGGAGACACUGGAUGUGGAAAAUCAACUCAGGUACCUCAGUAUUUGAUGGCCGCUGGUUUCACAAAAAUUGCUUGUACCCAGCCUCGCCGAAUUGCGUGCAUUUCAUUGGCUAAGAGAGUUGCCCAUGAAACUUUGAAUGAAUAUGGGUCAGAGGUCGCAUACCAAAUCCGAUUUGAGACAACAAAAAAUAUAUUUACGCGGAUAUUGUUUUUAACAGAAGGUUUGUUACUACGGCAGAUCGGUUCCGAUUCAACUCUCUCACAGUACAGCGUUAUCAUCCUGGAUGAAGUACAUGAGAGACACAUACAUACAGAUUUCCUGCUUGGAGUAUUAAAAUGCCUCGUCCAACACAGAAAAGAUUUAAAAAUAGUCCUGAUGUCAGCUACUAUUAAUAUCACUUUAUUUUCUAAUUAUUUUAGUGAUGCUCCCGUAAUACAGGUUCCUGGAAGACUGUAUCCUAUUAAACUUGAGUAUGUUCCUGUUGGUUUUGAGGAACAGACUGGUAAAUCAGAACGGCUUGAUCCACGACCGUAUCUACGCAUUAUGCAAAGAAUCGACAAUAAAUACGACUCUAAUGAACGAGGUGAUUUAUUGAUAUUCCUGAGUGGUAUGUCUGAGAUCUCUAGCGUGAGCGACGCAGCUAAACACUAUGCUUUGAAGACAAAGAGAUGGAUCAUCUUACAGUUACAUAGUACGUUGUCAGUUGCCGAACAAGAUAAAGUAUUUGAUAUUGCACCAGAGGGUGUCAGGAAAUGUAUUAUAUCUACGAAUAUUGCCGAGACAUCAGUUACCAUAGAUGGUGUUCGGUUCAUUGCAGACUCUGGAAAGGUGAAAGAAAUGAGUUAUGAUACUCAAGCCAAGAUGAAACGAUUACAGGAAUUCUGGAUCAGUAGAGCUAGUGCUGAACAAAGGAAAGGAAGAGCAGGAAGAACCGGUCCUGGUGUAUGUUUUCGUCUGUAUGAAGAAUCUGAAUACGAUUCGUUCCAGGAGUAUACCACCCCAGAGAUACAGAGAGAACCGCUAGAUACAUUGAUACUUCAGAUGAUAGCAAUGGGUUUGCCUAAUGCCAGGAGGUUAGCUGCUAAUCACACAGAUAUCAAACCCCCUUUUGUUAUUUCAUUUGAGCUGAGUUGGAAUUGCAAAGAAAGGGGUUGGCAAUUAUUAGCUUGGGGGCAGAAUCUGAACAUUUUUUUGAAAUAG